AUGAUGAAGAGUUUUUUCCUAGCUGUGACUAUCCUGGCAUUAACCCUGCCAUUUUUGGUUGCCCAGGAGCAAAUCCAGGAACAACCAACAGGCUGUGAGAAAGAUGAAAGAUUCUUCAAUGACAAAAUAGUCAAAUAUAUCCCAAUUCAGUAUGCGCUGAGUAGGUAUCCUAGUUAUGGACUCAAUUACUACCAACACAGACCAGUUGCACUAAUUAAUAAUCAAUUUCUGCCAUACCCAUAUUACGCAAAGCCAGGUGCAGUUAGGUCACCUGCCCAAAUUCUCCAAUGGCAAGUCUUGCCAAACACGGUGCCUGCCAGGUCCUGCCAAGCCCAGCCAACUACCAUGGCACGUCACCCACACCCACGUUUAUCAUUUAUGGCCAUUCCGCCAAAGAAAAAUCAGGAUAAAACAGACAUCCCUACCAUCAAUACCAUUGCUACUGCUGAGUCUACUAUUACACCUACCACCGAAGCAAUAGUGGACACUGUGGCUACUCAAGAAGCUUCCUCAGAAGUUAUUGAGAGUGCACCUGAGGCCAAAACAGACCAAGUUACUUCAACCGUGGUCUAA